AUGUCGGGGAAAAUGACCUUGUAUAAGCUGGUGGUGCUGGGCGACGGUGGUGUCGGAAAGACCGCCCUGACCAUCCAGCUCUGCCUCAACCACUUCGUCGAAACCUAUGAUCCGACCAUCGAGGACUCCUAUCGCAAACAAGUCGUCAUCGACCAACAGUCGUGCAUGCUCGAGGUGCUGGACACGGCGGGCCAGGAGGAAUACACCGCACUGCGGGACCAGUGGAUCCGCGAUGGUGAGGGUUUCGUCCUCGUCUACAGCAUAACAUCGCGCGCCUCGUUCUCUCGCAUCACCAAAUUCUAUAAUCAGAUUAAGAUGGUCAAGGAGUCUGCCAGUUCCGGCUCCCCCUCCGGUCCCAGCUACCUCGCCUCGCCCAUGCAAGGCUCGGCCGGUCCGCCUCUCCCCGUCCCCGUCAUGCUGGUCGGCAACAAGAGCGAUAAGGCGGUCGAGCGCGCUGUCUCUGCCCAGGAAGGGCAAGCACUCGCCAAGGAGCUGGGAUGCGAGUUCGUCGAGGCGUCCGCCAAGAACUGCAUCAAUGUCGAGAAGGCCUUCUACGACGUCGUUCGCAUGCUCCGUCAGCAGCGACAACAGGCAUCCGGAGGUCGGGGCCAGGAUCGUCGCCAACCUGGAUUCGGGUCGGGUCACCGCGACCGAGACGCCGAAGCCAAGUAUACUGGAUUCCGAUCCGACAAGCCUCGACAUCGCAGUCGACUGCAGUGCACCAUCCUGUGA